AUGGCUAUCGCAGUGCCGUUGUCCAGCCUGCUUGGCCUAGCACCCUCAAUUAUUGUUUUCUCUAUCAUCGCUCUCCCUAUUGUCGUAAUCACGUACUACGCGGCGAUCUCGGCGUACAAUAUCUGGCUACACCCCCUUGCAAAAUAUCCUGGUCCUCUCUUAGCAAGAGCCGGCCCAUUAUGGAUGAUACGGUCGUACUUCCAUGGCACAAUGCCGACUGAUCUGCUAAACUUACACGAGAGAUAUGGACCUGUUGUGAGGACUUCACCCAAUGAAUUAUCCUACAUCAACCCAAUCCAGUGGAGGGAGAUAUAUGGCUUCAAGUCACAUGGGCAAUCGGAAUUCGUUAAAGACCCAAUAUACCAUGCUGCGCUCAAGCCCAACAUCUCGAUUCUCAACUCCGAUGCACGCCACCAUAGCUAUCUACGCAGACUGUUAGCUCAUGGCUUCUCCGAGAAAUCCUUGAGGGGACAAGAGCCUGUGUUGAAGGGAUUUGUAGACACCUUGAUCCGCAGACUCCACGAGGAAUGCGGCAAUGGCGAGAAGCCGGUCGACAUUAGGGACUGGUACAACUUCCUGUCUUUUGACGUUAUCGGCUAUCUAACCUUCGGGGAAUCAUUCAACUGCCUCACCACAGGAACAUUCCACAUGUGGGUUCACAUCUUUUUCAGCGCGGGUAGGAAUUUCGCGUACUAUCAAAUGAGCGCUCGGCUACCAUCUUUCCUCCGACGCCCUUUCCAACGAUAUUUCAUCCCUGACAAGGUCAAAGAAGACCUUGCGACGAUUUAUUCACUCAACGAGGAGAAAACCAAGCACCGUCUCGAGAACGACCCCUCGGUCCCCGACUUCAUGGAUAACCUGGUGGAUGCGUACAAGUCGGGCAAAUUGUCGGCGGAAUCGCUCAAGGAGAACACGCAGAUUCUCAUCGGGGCCGGGAGCGAGACCACGGCGACAUGUCUAGCGGGCCUUACUUGGUUCCUGUUCGAGAACCCGCGCGUGCUAGAGAAGCUGAAGACGGAGAUCCGCUCGCGAUUCAGGCGUCCGGAGGAGAUCACCGUGGCCGCCGUCAACGAGUGCAAGUACCUCCUCGGCUGCAUCGAGGAGUGUCUGCGCAUGUACCCCCCGUCGCCGCAGCCCCACCACCGCAUCAUCCCGGCCGGCGGGGCCCUCGUCAACGGCGAGAUGCUGCCCGCGGGCACCUCCGUCAGCAUCCCCAUCUACGCCAUCGCCAACAGCCCGCUCAACUGGACGGCGCCCGAGGCCUUCGUCCCGGAGCGCUGGACGGGCGAGGACCCGCGCUUCGCGCACGAUAGGCGCGAGGUGUCCAAGCCCUUCUCGUACGGCCCCCGGAAUUGCAUCGGGCUGAACCUCGCGUAUGCCGAGAUGAAACUCGUCGUGGCGAGCCUCGUUUGGCACUUCGAUGUCGAGAAUGCUACCGAGGGCGAUUGGAUGGAUCAGAAGGUGUAUCUAGUCUGGGAGAAGGGCCCGUUGUGGGUUAAGCUGCGGCCUGUUGUGCGGGCUUAG